AGGAAAAAAUAAAAAUAGCAACGAAAUUUUGCGGAAAAAAUAAAGAAGAAUAAGAAAAGACGUAGGGAAGGACAGUAAAAGCAAAGAAGAAAAUUAUUUUUAUUUAGGAGAACAGAAAUUUAUAUUUUUUUUUAUAAAACUGCAACAGAUUUACAAAUUGUUACCCGAAAAACAUUAACAAAAUAGUGAAUUAAUAGAAUUUAUAAAAAAAAUGAACAAAUUGAAGUCCACACAAAAGGAUAAAGUGAGAAAGUUCAUCUCCUUAACGCAAACAGGCGAACAAACCGCCAUCUAUUGUCUGCAGCAAAAUGACUGGAAACUAGACUUGGCCAGUGACAACUAUUUUCAGAAUCCCGACUACUACUAUCGCGAGCUAGAUCGCAAACGUAUUGAACAGUUAUUUUUGCGCUAUCGUGAUCCAACUGAUACUCAGAAAAUCACCUCCGAAGGUGUUAUACGCUUUCUGGACGAUUUAGAACUAAGUCCCGAUUCGAAAUUAGUGCUGAUCAUAGCAUGGAAGUUUCAUGCCGAAGUCCAAUGUGAAUUUACCCGCGAGGAAUUCGUUAAUGGUAUGAGUGAGCUGGGUAUAGAUACCGUCGAUAAGUUAAAGGUUAAAUUGCCGCUGCUGGAAAUGGAACUAAAUGAUUUGGCUAAGUUUAAGGAUUUCUAUCAUUUCACCUUUAACUAUGCCAAGGAUCCGGGCCAAAAGGGCAUAGAUUUGGAUAUGGCCAUAGCCUAUUGGACCAUAGUGUUGAGUGGACGUUUUAAGUUUUUGGAUUUGUGGUGCAAGUUUUUGAAGGAAAAACAUAAACGUUCUAUACCCAAAGAUACAUGGAAUUUAUUGCUGGAUUUUGCCAUUCAUAUUGAUGACAAUAUGAGUAAUUAUGACUCCGAAGGAGCCUGGCCAGUGCUAAUCGAUGAUUUUGUCGAAUGGUGCCAAGAGAAUCGACAACUAUUACAAAAUUACCUGCAAGCAAACUCCUCACUAACGCCUCAGCAGAUCCAACAGCAGUCAGCAGCAGCUGCGGCCGCAGCCAGCCAACAAAAGAACAUAUCGAAUAGUUUUCAAUCAUCAGCGCACAGUACAAAUAUGAACUAUGGCUAACGUUUGUUUACAAGCAUGUUUUAAAUAAUAAUAAUAAUAAAUUUAAACAACAAACAUCAAGAAGAAUUCAAACAAAAAUAAUUAUUUUUUUGCUUUUAGCCCUUCGAAAAUUGAAACAAAGUAAUAAAUUUAAAACAAAACAAAUAAACUACUUUUCUUCUUACCCCCUACUCUCCUCCUCAGUAACAUUACAAGUAAAAUUAAAUACCAUUCUCCAAAAAAAAACAAAAACAAAAAAAAUACUUAUGAGAAAACAACAAUGUAAUGUAUUGUAAUAAUAAUAAUAAUAAAAAUAAUGUUAAAAUAUUACUUAUUUAAAAUAUGUAUUUAGUUAAACAAAAAAUAUAUUAAAUAACGUGUCAUUUGGAGGCGUUAUAAAAGAAAUUCUAUUUAAAUACAAAACAAACUGAAAUUUUGAAAAUGAAAAAGUAAUUACUUGAAAACACUUUGUUUAAUCUCUAAAUUUAAAACAAAAUUAUUUAAUUUUUUAUGAUUUUUGUUUUAUUUGAUUUUCUUUACAAUUUUUUCUGAUUUAUUAUCUACUUUUAAUAUUUGAUUUAUUAUUUUGCUGUUUUAAGUGCUUUACAUUUUCAAAAUAAUAAUAAUAAUAAAACACUAAAUUAAGAAUUUUUUUUUGCUUUCCUGUAUGUAUAAAUAAUAAAAGAAAUUAGUUUUUAAAUAAAUAAUGCUAAUUAAAUAUAAAGUGUA